AUGCCAACUGAAUUACGUGAGUCUUCACCAAAUCUUCCACCUGAAUUUAAUAUAGCUACAAUAACGGCCCCGACAAUAACAACAACAACUACUAUGAACAUUCCACCAGAUGCAUUACCGCAGCGUGAAAUAUUUGCUCGAAAGAAUACAACUCAACCUUUUACAUUAGAAGAACAUUCAAGAAGUCCAAAAAAUACGAUAAGUGGUCGUGGUAAUCAAGCAUAUGUAUUAGCUUCAGUUUCAAUUUAUGAUGAAUGGGUUCGAAAUAAUUAUGAAUUACAAGUUUGGCAAGCUUAUUUAAAAAUGGGUACUGAGCAAAAACAUUGGGCUAAAGAAGUUGUUCGCCGUACAAAAAGACGAGAUAAUGUUAUUAAUACUCGAUUUGUUCAAAAGAAAAUUAAUCGAUUACCAACUGUUAUUGCUGAAGCACUCGAUAGAACACGUCAAACAAUCGCUGUAGGAAGUAUAGAAACAGAUACAGAUAAUGAAUUAGGUACAGGAACUACAGGAGCUGCUCCAACAACUACUGUUAAAAAUUAUGUACGUAAACCAGUUGAACGUAUUAAAAAAUAUAUAUUAGAAUAUAUCCAUUUUUGUACGCAACAUGUUAAAAAGAGGGCUCAAACUCGAAUACAACUAGCUAAAGCUCAAAUGGUAGAAUAUAAAGCUUUAGAAGAUUUCGAACAAAUAGCCAUCCUAGCCCAAUGGAACACUCAUUUCUUGCUUAAACCUAAAGUGAAGCUAUGGUUAACUAAAAAUAAAAAUUAUCAAAUACUAUCAAAACGUGUUGAAUUAGAUAUGCCUCCAAAAAUUAUUGAUAAAGUUGAUUUUUCUUUUAAAAUUGAUGAAUCAAUUAUAAGUCAAGAUGAAGUACAAGCUAUGUAUAAUCAAAUGCGUCAAAUUACGAAAGAUUUUCGUAUUCAAACAAUGAAAUUAUAUGUUCAAUCAGCUGCUCGAGAAAAUGAAAU